AAUCUCUCUUUCAACUACCUUUUGCCUCAUGAAAUUUAUUGCUUCCAUGAUCAGAUAAAUAUAAUACAUGGUGCUGUCAAAACUGCCAGGUCGUUAGAGGGAACAGAGGAAAUUUUAUAGGCACUGUUUUUUUCUGAGGGAUCCUGGAUGUUUCAGAGAUGCCCACAGGUUUCUGACCUUUACCCUGGACUCUGGUGGGGCUGCUUCUCUGGGCUGUCUGCCUGGGGUUUGCCAAAUCGGGGAAGCUGCUGGUGAUCCCCUUUGAUGGAAGCCAUUGGCUCAGCAUGUGUGAAGUGGUCCAGGAGCUCAGUCUGAGAAGCCAUCAAAGUGUCGUCCUGGCACCGGAGGUAUUCUUGCAUAUCAGGCAAGAAGAGUCCUACACUUUGAAGACCUUUCCAGUAACUUUGAGCAAGGACGUUUUCCAUGAGAUGAUACGCAAUUAUUUCCAUGAUACCUUUCACCCAGAACCUUUCCUGAAGAGACUUUUUGAUAUGGUUACAGCCAUGAAGAAUGCCAGUGACAUUAACGUUGGUUUUUGUUAGGAGUUAUUCUAUAGCAAGGAACUGAUAAAGUCCCUGGAAGAGCCCCACUUUGAUGCUGUUUUAACUGAUCCUGUUUCUCCCUGUGGAGCAAUAAUGGCACAGUAUCUGUCCAUUCCAGCUGUUUACUUCUUGCGAGCAGUCCCCUGUGGUUUAGAUGCUGAAAGCGCUCAGUGCCCUGACCCAUCUUCCUAUAUCCCCAGAGUGGGCAUAGACAACACAGACCAGAUGACAUUUCUACAGCGUGUAAAGAACAUUCUAUACCUGUUGUUCCAGAAGGGGGUGUGCCACAUGAUGUAUUCACCUUUUGCAAGGCUGGCUUCAGAACUCCUUCAAAGAGACAUGAGUAUCAUUGAUGUUCUGAGCCAUGGAUCUGUGUGGCUGGUGAGGACAGACUUUGUGAUGGAUUACCCUAAACCCAUCAUGCCAAACUUGGUCUUCAUUGAGGGCAUCAACUGUGCCAGUGCCAAGCAGCUCACUCAGGAAUUUGAAACCUAUGUGAAUGCUUCUGGGGAACAUGGAAUUGUGGUCUUCUCCCUGGGUACUUUGGUCUUAGAUAUCCCAAUCACUAAAGCCAUGGAAAUUGCUGAAGCUUUGGGCACAAUACCUCAGACAGUAUUGUGGCGAUACACUGGAACACCACCAUCUAAUCUAGCCAAGAACACCAAACUUGUGAAAUGGCUUCCACAGAAUGAUCUGCUUGCUCACCCGAAGACCCGGGCAUUCAUCACUCAUGCUGGCUCUCAUGGUGUCUAUGAAGGACUGUGUAAUGGAGUGCCCAUGGUGUUGAUGCCUUUGUUUGGAGAUCAGAUGGACAAUGCUAAACGCAUGGAGUCAAGAGGGGCAGGAGUGACCCUGAACGUCCUUGAAAUGACAUCUGAUGAUCUCAGCAAGGCACUGAAGAAGGUUAUCAAUGAUAAAAGCUACAAGGAAAAUAUCAUGCAUCUCUCAGCUCUUCACAAAGAUCGGCCUAUCAACCCCCUUGACCUUGCUGUGUUCUGGGUGGAAUUUGUGAUGAGAAACAAAGGGGCCCCACAUUUACGUGCUGCCGCCCAUGACCUCAACUGGAUCCAGUACCAUUCCUUGGAUGUCAUUGCUUUCCUCCUGGCUAUUGUAUUGACUGUUGUACUAAUUGCUGUGAAAUGCCUAAAAGUUUGUGUCCAGAAAUACUUUGGUAUAAAAGGAAAAGCUAAGAAAGCCACCAAAUCUAAGUCUCAUUGAACCACACUUUAAAAACUAGAUGAAUUUUCAUUGUGAAAAUGUACCCCUAUGAAUUAUAUGCAUACCAACGUACACAAAUACACAUAUGUGUCCUCAUGCAGACAACUCAUUUUCAAAUCAAUUUUUGAUAAAGAAAAUCUCAAUCUAAUUUUGUUUUUUAUUGAAGUAGGAGCAUAGAGCUUAUAGCAGUAAGGCAAGAUUCAUGACCUCGAGGAUGACCAUAAACAUGCUUGAAUAGUUUGAAAUCAAGAAGUAUAAGAAAUUCUCUAGAUAGAAGGCAAAGGAUGUAUAACAUUUAUUUAGACACAAGAGAAUUUAAUCUCAGGACCAAUAAUUCUUAUUAUAGCAAGGAGCCAAGCCAUACUGUAACCUCAUCCCCACCAUGCCACAAACUCCCCAGAGUGGUAUUUUAAGCAAUCACUCAGGAGUCCUAACUCUCUGCUCAGCACUCUCUCCUGCAGCUCUGCUGACUCUGAGUUCCUUGACCUUCUAAACUCUCUCUUGUUCUCCACUGUCUGCUCUGAAGUCUUUCUUGGUGCUGGCUCCCCCUCAAUGUCUGCUGCCUCAAUAUCUCCUUGACGACUGCUUCUGAAUCCUGCUGUCCCCCUUCUGCUGCUCCCAGUUCUGCUGCUCCCAGCUCUGGGCUCUGUUUUUAUACAGUCUUAGAUGGCAUCUGAUUGGCUAGAACUAAGAUGUCUGAUUUACUGAAUUCAUGGGUGACUAAAACUACAUGCACAUACCAAUAGCUCCAGUCUUAACAACUCCCCUUAGGACCCCAAGGGCUUCAUGCCCAUAUCUCCUUAGCACCUAGUAAGUAGGGGCUUUAGGCCUACCUACAAACAAUGAUGUAGUCGGGCUUUUCCACCUAGGCCCACCUGAGGCAUAUUGAAUGGGUGGGGAAGAUCUUCAAUCACAUUAUUAUUACAGAACUUGAGAGCUAGAAGAUGACCAUUUAGUUCAACCACCUCAUGUUACAGCUGAAGAAAUGGAAGUGGGAUGAGGGGGAAACUUUGGGGCUGAAGAUGAGUCUUAGAGAAGGGGCCUUAUAGUUGACUUUCCUUUUCACAUGGAGGAGAGAUGAGCUGCCCUCAGCUUGGCCUCAGGAUAGAAUUAAGAACAAUGAGGAUUGUGGGAAUUACAUCAUUUAGGUCAGGGUCAGAGAAAACCUCCUAACAAUUGGAACUAUCCAGCAGGAAUGGCCUGACUCAGGAAGAAGUGAGUUCCCAUUCACUGGGACUUUCCAAGUCAGCCCUGGAUGACCAAUGCCUGAAAGGUUGCAUAAAUACAACUUGGGAUGUUGGUCCAUGUACACGUUUGACUCAAUGACCACUGAGGUCUUUUCCAACUCUCAGAUGGUGUGAUUCUAAGACCUUCUCUGGGGUUACACAGCUAGUUUGCUGCUGAGCUAGGGCAGAAUUCAGGUCUUCUGACUGUCAGCCUUCCUUUUUCCCUCUCAAAACACAAUGCUAUCAAGACACAAAAAGCUAGAACAUGACUUCAGGACUGAUUCUCCUUCUCCAUUCUUCAAGAUUCUGGCUUCAAAUCAUUUGCUUAGAACAACUGUAUGAGUCAUUUAUACAUUUGGAAUCAUUUUUUAAUAUAAGAAACACAUACAGAACUCCUUUUGUGUGGCUUCCUAAUGAGUCGUGACUGUUAAUCAUUUAUUAUAAAUGUUGUUGCAUUCCCCCACCACCUUCUCUCUAGUUCCACCUUUCAUUUCUUUGCAGAACACUGCUGGUUGAGCUCUCCCACUGGUAAUACAUGGGCUCAAUGGCUCAAGAUUCAUGUGAUCCCUUUGGACACAGGAAGGUUGGCACAUCUGCUAAGAUGAGCUGCUGCUUUUCUUCAUAAUGUUGGGAAUUAAUUAGACUCUGUCCCUCAAAGGAAAGAGAUUAUUUCUGCAUUGCAAGACCAAGAUAGAUCAGACUAAACGAAGAAAAAUGCCACAUAUUGCUGUGCUAGUACAAAUGGAUCAGAAUGUUAUCAGUCACCCACAAGCAGAGUUUGUAGCAAAGCACAAGUUAGGAUAUUGGUCAAAACAAAACCAAAUAUAUGAAUAAAACCCUACCAAUUAUUUUUCCUG